AUGGCCACGCCAAUCCAGACAUUCAAUCUCGGGGCAUCUUCAGAGCCCAUCCACGUCUCCAAGGCCGCUCUGGCCAUCAUCAUCACAUUCAGCGUAGUCAGCCUGGUCGCUCUCGCAAUAACUUUGUGGAUUUUGUUCCGCUUCACCUGCUCCAGGAAGGGAAGAAGAGCAGGUUACGCAGUCAGAGACGGAAGAAACGAGCACACUCAAUGGUGGAAGAACGCAAACCCACCGGCCGACUCUACCAAGUCCUCGGAGAUGUCCUAUGUGAGCAUCAUACCUGCUCCCGAGUUGACUUCUGAAGAUGGGAAGCUGAGAAGUAGAUACGCUGGGGAGAGGAGCGCUUAG